AUGUGCUGGAGCUGGAGCGUGGGGGCGGCGGCGGUGCUGCUGGCCGCAGCCGCCCUCGCCGCGUGCGAGGCUCGCGACCACAGGUCCGCCAGCUGGGCCUUCUACCACGAACACGCGCCUCACUUGAGGCACCACAGGGAUCACGUGAGGCAGUUCUCUUGUGGCCACCUUUACUACAGAACAUUCUACCUUGAUGAGAAGAGACAUUCGCUUUUUGUGGGAGCUAUGGAUCGCAUUUUCAAGCUGAGUCUGAGAAACAUAAGCCAGUCGCACUGUGAGAAGGAUUCGUUGAAUUCUGAGCCUAGCCAUGUGGCCAACUGUGUCUCCAAAGGAAAAUCUGAGCACUUCGACUGUCGAAACCACAUACGGGUCAUCCAGCCAAUGGGUGACGGCACGCGGCUCUACGUGUGUGGGACCAACGCGCACUUCCCCAAGGACUGGGUCAUAUACGCGAACCUGACGCACCUUUCGCGGCGCGACCACGUGCCCGGCGUGGGCACGGGCGUGGCCAAGUGCCCGUACGACCCGGCGGACAACUCGACGGCGGUGUGGGUGGAGCGCGGCAACCCGGGCGGCCUGCCGGGCCUCUACAGCGGCACCAACGCCGAGUUCACCAAGGCCGACACCGUCAUCUUCCGCACCGACCUGCACAACCUCACCACCGGCCGCCGCGAGUUCUCCUUCAAGAGGACCCUCAAGUACGACUCCAAGUGGCUCGACAAGCCGAACUUCGUGGGUUCCUUCGACGUGGGCGAGCACGUGCUGUUCUUCUUCCGAGAGCCGGCCAUGGAGUACAUCAACUGCGGGAAGCGAGUGUACUCGCGCGUGGCGCGCGUCUGCAAGCGCGACACCGGCGGCAAGAACAUCCUCUCGCAGAACUGGGCCACCUUCCUCAAGGCGCGCCUCAACUGCUCCCUGCCCGGCGAGUUCCCCUUCUACUUCGACGAGAUACAGGACGUGUACAGGAUCCCCGGCGAGGGGUCGCGCUUCUACGCGACGUUCACGACGGCGAGCACCGGCUUGGUUGGGUCUGCAGUCUGCGCCUACACUCUCCGUGACGUGCAGCAGGCGUUCCGCGGCCGCUUCAAGGAGCAGGCGACCAGCAGCUCCGCCUGGCUGCCCUUCCCCUCCGGCAAGGUCCCGGAGCCACGGCCCGGCGAGUGCGUCAACGACACCCAGACCCUGCCUGACGUGGUGCUCAACUUCAUCCGGUCGCACCCGCUGAUGGACGAGUCGGUGGCCCACGAGGGCGGCCGGCCCGUCUUCUACCGCGGCGACGUCGUCUUCACCAAGCUGGCCGUGCACCGGCUCAAGGUCGACCUCGUGGGCACCCACAAGGACUUCACCGUCUACUACAUUGGAUCCAACACUGGUCAAGUGCACAAAGUGGUUCAGUGGACCGACAGAGAUGGGCGCCCGAUGUCGAGGGAACUUGAUGUCUUCGAUGUCACUCCAUCGGAGCCAAUCCGCGCCAUGGAGAUCUCCAGGCAGUACGGCUCGCUGUACGUGGCUUCCGACGGCGGAGUGCGGCAGCUGGCGCUGGAGGCGUGCGCGCGCCGCUACGACAGCUGCCUGCGCUGCGUCAGGGACCCCUACUGUGGCUGGGACCGCGCCGACCGCCGCUGCAGGGCCUACUCGCCGGGGUUGCUGCAGGACGUGACGGAGAGCCGGCCCGGGAUCUGCGACGGCAGCGCCGCGCGGCGCGUGCUGGCGGCCACGUGGGGGCAGAGCGUGCACCUGGGCUGCUUCCACCGCGUGCCCAGGGCGCUGCGAGGACACCACUUCUCCUGGACGCACACGCCGUUCUCGCCAGGCGCGCUGCCGGCGCCCAUAGCAUACAGGUCUGACAAGUACGUGGAGACGUCGGAGCACGGCCUGGUGGUGCUGUCGGUGACGGAGGCGGACGCGGGCCGCUACGACUGCUGGCUGGGCGGCAGCCUGCUGUGCGCGCUCAACGUCACCGUGGACGCGUACCGCUGCGCGGCGCCCACGCAGUCGCGCGACUACCGGCAGGUCUACUCGGACUGGUGCCGCGAGUUCGACAAGUACCGGCGCGCCAUGCAGGCGUGGCAGGAGCGCAAGGCGGUGUGUGACAGUCGGCAAAGUGACAAUCAACAGCGCAGUGUCGCGUCAAACAACGUGCUCCCGGAGGUGGAAGCCGGCGACGACGCUGCUAGGUAACCUGACAAACACAUGCACAGGCGCUGCCUCUUCCGGCAGCUCGCCGGCUGGUAAAGAAGAGUGGACUCGUGUUCCGGCGUGAAGUGCUGACUGUGUGGCUGCUUUGCGCCGUCUUGUUUUCGCAACAGGCGCUGUGCCAGGCGCCUGCUGCAGAACGAUAGUCUCACAAAUCCUUGGAAUGCUGUCUACUGCAGUGUCACAGGUGGCAGUGCAAGCUGCAGACGCUCCAUGACAGACGAGUAUUACUCAUUUUGUUUUCACUUAUCGACUCACCGCAUACUCGUCUCGGGCAGAAAUGCAGUCGUUUUGUGACAAGUUAAUUUUUGUCUUUCUUCCACGUACAUUAAGUUAAUAACGAAUACUAAGCUCCACGAUGCCCUCAUAGUUCAAAACUCGUUUCCUUAUCGUAUUAUUAAUGCGACACUAUCAGUCUGCUCUACACAAAUUGUGCAAAGUUCGAGCAUAGGCUGCUAACUUCAAUACACGUCUGAAAUAUGGUAUAGAAACACAAGUCCGAUAAAGUUAUGG